GUCCGUUGCAACGCAAUUUCUGGACUGACAAAACGGAGAUAAAUGAGGGACAACUGUUCAUUAUCUCUGAAUGAAAGAACGUCAGGAUGACAGCAGAAAUGUUUCCUAAGGAGAAGACCAUUGAUCUUCGGAAAAAGCACAUUGGUCCAUCAUGUAAGGUGUUCUUCAGCCACGAUCCCAUCAAGAUUGUGCGAGCCAAAGGCCAGUACAUGUAUGACGACAAUGGUGUGCGAUACUUGGACUGCAUCAACAACGUUGCACACGUGGGUCACAGUCACCCAAUGGUGGUGAAGGCUGGGGCUGAACAGAUGGAGCUACUGAAUACUAACUCACGCUUCCUGCAUGAUAACCUUGUCCAGUACGCCCAGAGGCUGCAGGCUACUCUACCUGAAAAGCUCUCUGUCUGCUACUUUGUCAACUCAGGCUCUGAAGCCAACGACCUGGCGCUCAGACUGGCCUGGGAGUACACAGGCCACAAAGACAUCAUAACGUUGGACAAUGCAUAUCACGGCCAUGUGUCAUCGCUCAUUAACAUCAGCCCUUAUAAAUUUCAUCAGCUGGCCAAUGCAGAGCAGAGUAAAUCUGUUCACGUGGCUCUGAGCCCUGACCUCUACAGAGGCAACUAUAGACAAGACCAUCCAGACCCCGCCACAGCAUAUGCCGAUGACGUCAACAAUCUUAUACAGAAAGCCCAUGAGAAAGGACACAAGGUUGCUGCUUUUAUUGCAGAGUCGCUGCAGAGUUGUGGUGGGCAAGUCAUCCCGCCUGCAGGCUACUUCCAGAAAGUGGCGCAACAUGUUCACCGGGCUGGUGGCCUAUUCAUCGCUGACGAGGUGCAGGUGGGAUUUGGCCGUGUUGGCACCCACUUCUGGGCCUUCCAGCUACAGGGAGAAGACUUUGUGCCUGACAUUGUCACGAUGGGUAAACCCAUCGGCAACGGGCACCCCAUGUCAUGUGUGGUCACCACAAGAGAGGUAGCAGAGGCCUUCAAGAACUCUGGCAUGGAGUACUUCAACACGUUUGGCGGUAACCCUGUGUCCUGUGCCAUUGGCCUUGCUGUGCUGGACGUGAUUGAGAAAGAGGAUCUCCAAGGCAACGCGCUGCGGGUGGGGGGCUACCUGACACGACUGCUGGAGCAGCAGAAGGAGAAGCAUCCACUGGUGGGGGAUGUCAGGGGUCGUGGCCUGUUUGUUGGGGCGGAGCUUGUGAGAGAUCGGGUGAAACUGACCCCUGCUACAGCGGAAGCCCAGGACAUAAUUUACAAACUGAAGGAACAACACAUCCUACUAAGUGCAGAUGGUCCUCAUCGCAAUGUCCUCAAGUUCAAACCACCCAUGUGCUUCUCUGAGGAGGACGCCGACAUGGUCGUGGAAAAGAUUGACCAGAUUCUCACAGACAUUGAGAAGGCGUUGGGGUUACAAAUGCCCUCCACAGUACAUACAGAGAAUGGAAGCCGUAAGAGAAAUGUUCAACCUGAGGAAAACGGAUGUCAUCAUUCAAAUGGAAUAAGCCAUAGCCGUGAUACGUCUCAACAGCAUGCCUCUCAGCAAAACAAAAGGCUGAGGCCUUAAUGGACUUGUGGAGUUUUGCUACUGUCUUAUAAGACCUGAAUAGUGUGCCCUGCGCACGUUUCACAUGUUUCGAUGGAUAAAGGAAGCGACUUCAUUCUCAAAUCUAUAAUUACUUUUUAUAAACAUUUAUAAUAUGUUAGUUACACAUUGAUGUUAUAAUCCUAAUCUCAGGUACUUUGAAAUGUGAUUGGAAAUUUGGACAGGCAUGUAUAAGGCCUGCUGUUCCUCUGUAUAGAGACAGAAUGCAGAGGAACUAGAAAGCCAUAUUGACAUUUAGGAACAAACUUAAUGUGCUAAUGUCCAGGAUGUCUUUAGAGUCAUGCAUUGAUCCCUCACUGUGACUUCAUAUUAAAUAGUAAAUGACAAUGAUUACAAAUGCUAACUUUUUCAAAGUAUCAUUAUGAAAUAUAAAGAACAUGAUAGGAGGCCUACUGAAAACACUAUAAAGUAGUAUUGGCCAUUGUCAUGUUAUUGCCCACAUUUAGAGAGGUUCUUCAAUGAAAGCGUUGUUCUACAAAAAUGGCAAAUAAACAAUGCAGACAGGGAACGGAAUUGUUGAUCUUUGUGUCUAGCUGCCUCUUGUGUACAUUGAAAGAAAAUGCUGAGGAGCAGAGUUGGCUACACAGAAACCUUGGACAAGACAUGGUGCACUGCUAUGCUAAUUGUGACAAGAACAAGUACCAAAACACUUAGUUAAUAGCCCAGGCGUUUAUUUGCUUAAAUCACGCAACAAUACAGGCGCUUAUGAGAGACAGGCUUCUAUUUUAGCUUUUGCACAUUUGUAUAGUUAAUUGUUUAAUACCAGCUUUUCUUGUACUAAUAUGUUUUCAUUUGCACACCGUGUCACAUUUAUUUUGUCUUACUAUGCCUGUAUAAAAUAAAAUGCAACUUUUCUUUGA